UUAAUUGAAUAUAUAUAUAUAUAUAUAGAGAGAGAGAGAGAGAGACAGAGAUCGAGAGAGAUAUGGGUCGAUGGAGGCCUCUGCUUUUCCUCUCCCUGCUGACAUGCGCCUCUCUCCGACUCUCCUGGUCAGAUCCCAACGACGAGCUUUGUCUUACCAAGCUAAGCCAGUCCUUCCAGGACCCAACCAGGGCUCUCCAAAACUGGACCAAGUCCAUUUUCUCCAACCCUUGCAGCGGCUUCACUUCCUACCUUCCUGGCGCAACCUGCAACAAUGGCCGCAUCUACAAGCUUUCCCUCACUAACCUCUCUCUUCAGGGCUCAAUCUCUCCUUACCUCUCCAACUGUACCAAUCUCCAAACCCUCGACUUAUCCUCCAACGCUCUUUCCGGACCCAUCCCAUCCGAUUUGCAGUAUCUCGUUAAUCUCGCCGUCCUCAACCUCUCAACCAAUCACCUCACCGGAGAGAUCCCUCCACAGCUCACUUUAUGCGCUUACCUGAACGUAAUCGAUCUCCACGAGAAUCUGUUGACCGGGCAGAUUCCGCAGCAGCUGGGUUUGCUUGUUCGGCUCUCUGCUUUCGAUGUGUCUAAUAAUCUGCUGUUGGGGCCUAUUCCGGUGAGCUUGGGGAACAGGAGCGGUAGUUUACCGAGAUUCAAUGCGAGUUCCUUUGAGGGGAAUAAGGAUCUCUACGGAUACCCUUUGCCGCCGAUGAAGAGUAAAGGCUUGUCGGUUAUGGCAAUUGUUGGGAUCGGAUUGGCAAGUGGGUUUGCGAGCUUGGUGGUCAGCUUCACUGGCGUGUGCAUAUGGUUGAAGAUUAGUGAGCGGAAGAUGGCCAUUGAAGAAGGCAACAAGAUUAGCCAGUUAAUGCCUGAUUAUUGAGCUUUUAAUCGAUUAAAUCACCAUCGUAGUUGGCAAUUAGCUAUCUAUCUUCAAUUAAUUCCAAAUUAAUUAUUGAACCGGGAAAGGAAAGGUUGCAUUCUGAAAUUGAGGUAUGAUUUUAUUUUCUUUUUUAGUAAAAUUGAGAGAGUUGUGUUGGGGAUAAUCGAUUGAUGGAAUUUUGGAGGCUUUUUUUUUUUUUUUUUUAAAUUUGUUUGUUGGGAAUUCUGGAAUCUUUGUUCUCUAGAAUCAAACAUUUGUACAAAGCAAUUCAAACAUGAAUAGUGCAAGUCCUUUUACUGGAGAGGAGACCUCUAUUGUUUUCUCUGUGUGUUGCUUA